AUGGAUAACUCAAUGGUCUGUUUGGCCAAUGCAACAGUUUGCAAUGGCACGUCCUGUCUGGUACCAGAAAGCAACUUCAACGCCGUUCUAAGUACAGUCCUGAGCGUCGUCCUGACCAUCCUGUUGGCUCUGGUGAUGUUCUCCAUGGGAUGCAACGUGGAACUCAAGAAAUUCCUUGGGCACAUAAAGCGGCCAUGGGGCAUCUGUGUUGGCUUCCUCUGUCAGUUCGGGAUCAUGCCCCUCACAGGAUUCAUCCUCUCCGUGGCCUUUGACAUCAUGCCCAUCCAAGCUGUAGUGGUCCUCAUCAUGGGAUGCUGUCCAGGAGGGACUGCCUCCAACAUCUUGGCCUAUUGGGUGGAUGGCGACAUGGACCUGAGCGUCAGCAUGACCACCUGCUCCACGCUGCUCGCCCUGGGGAUGAUGCCACUGUGCCUGUUAAUCUACACCAAAAUGUGGGUUGAUUCGGGGAUGAUCGUGAUUCCCUACGAUAACAUAGGUAUAUCUCUGGUGACUCUUGUUGUUCCUGUCUCCCUUGGAAUGUAUGUUAACCACAAGUGGCCCCAAAAAGCCAAGAUCAUCCUUAAGAUCGGAUCCAUCACAGGCGCCCUGCUCAUAGUGCUCAUAGCCGUGGUUGGAGGCGUGCUCUACCAGAGUGCCUGGAUCAUACAGCCCAAACUCUGGAUCAUAGGAGCCAUAUUUCCCAUAGCUGGCUACUCCUUAGGGUUUUUUCUGGCUAGGAUAGCCGGUCAGUCCUGGCACAGGUGCCGAACCGUUGCUUUGGAAACAGGGAUGCAGAACACACAGCUGUGCUCCACCAUCGUCCAGCUCUCCUUCACCCCCGAGGAGCUCAACCUCAUAUUCACCUUCCCCCUCAUCUACAGCGUCUUCCAAAUCAUUGCAGCAGCGCUGUUCUUGGCAGUGUACGUGGUAUACAAGAAAUAUUACAGAAAAAACAAUGUGGAAUUUCCAGAGGGCAAAGACAACGAACCAGUACCUAAGUCAUCGUUCUAACAAAUCAAUGAAUGAUUUCAACCAGACGAAAAGCAACCAUCAGUGGACCAAAAAGCAUCCUAAAGAAUAUGCUUUAGCUCUAACAAAUACUUAAUUCUUUGUUUGGAUAGGAUAUUUGGCAGAAAAAAAGUUACGGUGAAAAUUUAAAUUUGAAUUGAAUUCAUGUAUUGGUUUCGGUACCAAGUGACUGGCAAUCCAAAUAUUUAAUGUAACAAAUAUUUGUACACAUGUAUGUGAUUUUAUAUAUAUAUAUACACACACACACGUAUACAUUGGUUUUUAAUAUGGCCCCAAAAUAUCCUUGAACAUCAGACUAAAGCCAACAUAGGACACAAGAGAAUUGAAUAAUCAAAUUAGAAUCCAGCCCAUAACUCGAUAGGGAUUUUUUACAUCUGUCACUCAGCCUUGGGAGUCCAAUGAUGCUCACUUGAUUUUUUGCAGGAAAAACAGA